CGUAUAUCGUUUUGUGUAGUCCGGGUUCCUUGAUCGCCUAGUAACACAUAUGCUGUCCAAUCUCCUACAUUCCCUGAAUGCAGCAAACAAGGUGAUAGUAAUUACAGGUGUGUGGAAAGUUCGAAGAGCCCAAACGCCGUGAUUGCUGCUCAUGGGACCAGCCUACCUGAAGUCUACCUGAAGUUCACGGAUAACUUCCUCAACCAGCUCACCUUGAAGCUCUAAGUUACCUCCUGCUCACUACCUGAGAAGUAUAUAAGUGGACGUCCAUCCUCCAACGAUGCGUACAGACCACAAAGGCAGAAGUGCCUCUCCUCACAGGAUCACAUACGAGACAGACUUCCAUGCCAUUAAAUGCUCCUUUGACAGCGGGACCGGCCUGAAGCAUGGCUCCAAAGCUGCCCCUGCCCAGUGUUCUGACCCGCACCAGUCCGCACUACCAACCAGUUCCUCCGAUCCCCUUGUGUGCGGCCGACCAAGAACCCACAGCAGCAGAGGGACUAAAAUCCGAGACAACAUCUUCCUCCAAAUGGACAGCCAACAGUCGAAACAAGAUGGUGGCUUGGUGCAGUGCAGUUCCGGCUCUACAACCGCCCUCCUUUCGCCGCAGAGUCCAAGCCCGCAGCUCCAAACGUCACCUUUUUCUGCCUGCAGACGUCCGGUCAUGGGUUCUGUUGCCAGCAUUUGCACACCUGAAGCCUUCUUGCAAGAUAAAGCAGCCAGAUCAGAGGAGAUGAGGGACAUAGACAGAGCUGCCCUGGCCCAGAAGUUCUCUGUGACCAGGAAGUUGUUUGAGACCAAGGUUUCCACGGGCGCUGCUCCGGCUCAGGUGUCCAGAUGUAGUCUGAGCAAAGAAAAAGAGAGCUUGGUUCAAGACAAAUGCACAAAAGAACUCACUUUAAAUAUGUGCAUUCCAACAACAGACCCUAAAUCUCUUACGUCCGAUCUGCUCGGCGGGUCUCCAUCCUGUGUAAGCUCAAAAACUCAACGAGAAGAAGAGGCCAAAGAAGUGAUUGUGGAGCCUAGUUUGAACCCUGAGGAGCCACUCAGGGCUGAGCUUGUCCACGUGAAGUCCUCGGAUAGCGAUGAAAGCGAGGAAAAGGAGAAGGAAUGGGUCGCGUUUAAAAGUGAUGAGCUCAUGGGGGCAAAUGUUGAAGAGCUGGUGGAUGAGGUUUUUGAAGAGCCCAGUGUGGAGACGGUGGGACUAAACACGGGGGACUGUCCUGACAUGGCUGACAAGUACGAGCAAGUGAGCGAACAAUGUCGUGAGACUGAAAGGGAGGAGCCGAGCCAACAUGCUGACGAGCCAAGAGAGGAGCUCUCUGAGAUGGGUGAAGUGCUAGGCCAAGGGUCUACAAAGGCGGGGAAGGAGACACCUGAGCUGCAGGAAUGUGCCAGCAUGGAGCAGAAGGUAUUGGAAGAAGAUGACGAUGGAAAGGUUGAGGGAGGCAGGGAGGUCGAAUCUUCAGGACAGGAGUGUCAUGCAACAUCUCCGGUGCAAGGUGUGGACACUUCUUUGCUUUCAUUGGAAUACCAAGAAAUUCCCGGCAUUCCUCAACUGCCUGAUGGAGAUGCAGCAGAGACCUCAAGUCAAAAAGUCCACUUCUCAUCAGCACCAAUCAAGGUGUACAACACCUACUCCAACGCGGACUACCACCGACACAAUGAAGACAUCGACCCGGUGUCCGCCUCGGCCGAGUACGAGCUGGAGAAACGAGUGGACAAGAUGGAUGUUUUUGAAGUGGAAAUAAAAAAGGGAGACGAUGGCCUUGGUAUCAGUAUCAUAGGGAUGGGAGUAGGAGCGGACCAGGGCCUGGAAAAACUAGGAAUCUUUGUCAAGACUGUCACUGAAGGAGGCCAAACACACAAAGAUGGCAGGAUCCAGGUCAAUGACCAGAUCGUGGAGGUGGAUGGGGUCAGUUUGGUGGGCGUGUCGCAGCUGUUUGCAUCCACGGUGCUGAAGAACACGUCAGGCUUGGUCAAGUUUCGGAUUGGCCGAGACAAGGAGGGGGUAGAGAGUGAGGUUGCACGCUUAGUCAAUGAAAGCCUGGAAUUGGAGAAGGCAACGCAAAAGGAAAAGAAUGCGACAAGCAAGGAGUCCGAAAGUGAUGAUUGCGUGUCCGAGGAAGAGGAUGAAGAUGAGGAGAAUGCAUCGAUACUUUCUUGUCUUGAUGGCGACCAGGUGUGCCUCAAAUACCGACAGCUCGGCUCCAGACUGCCAAGUCCAGCAGCCCAGCUCCAACAAGCCAGAGAGAAGUUGAAAGCUUAUGAGGAGCAGCAGGCGAGCUGGGAGAGCCAGAAGGCUGAGCUGGAACAAAAAGUGGAGGAUGGAGAAGAGAAGGCUGACAAGCUAGAAAAGUACUGGCAGGAGGCCCAGACCCUGUGCAGGCUGGUCAGUCAGCGCCUGGCGGACGCCCAGAGCCAGUCAGACGGCCUGGAGGUGAAGUACUGCAAGGCUAAGAGACUUCUGCGAGACUACCAGAGCAGGGAGGAGGAGGCGCAGAGGAGGGAGGCAGACUUGUGUCAGGAACUAGAGGAGCACAGGGAGACCAUAGGAAGACUUCAAGCUCAGCUGGAGGGGAAAGAACCGCAGUCCGGAGGGCAGAGUCUGGCCUCAGAUCCAGACUGGCACGUGGUGGUUUCUAAGUGUCAUGUCUCAGAUCCAGACUGGCACGUGGCGGUCCCUGGCACACAGCGACUGGACUGCAGUGCUCACAUAGCCCGAGGUCAGCUGGCCCAGAAGUCCCGGCGCCACCCGCCCUCCCGUGACAAGCUGAGAGAGAGCUUGAAGAAGGAGGAUGGAGGUCAAGGGUCACCACCGCAGGCGGAGGGGAUGGUGCCAAGCCAGGACGUGACCCCGCCCAUCUACAACACUGACACCAGCAGCCCCCCCCACACCAAGUCCUCCUCAUCCAGAAAGUCCAAGAGGAAGAUUCCUGACUUCAGUGGUCUGCGUAAGUCCCUGGGCAAGAUGAAGAACCAGAACGGGCGCACAAGGGCGUCUUGUGGCCACCUGGCGCAGGUGCCCUCCCAAGUGUCUCCAUCAGGCUCCGCCUCCUCCAUGCCCUCCUGCUUGCCCUUCACCUGGUUUGGGGAGCGUGGAAGAGAGAAAGAAGAGGUGGGCGAGAGAGGCGUCGGGUGGAAGCUGCGCUCCAUGUCCAGCAGCAGCCUGCCUUACCUGACCACCUCAGGGCGAGGAGAUCAGAGUGUUGGCUUCAGCUGGAAGGGGCGUGGCUCUAAUCACUGGAAGGGGCGUGGCUCUAAUCACUGGGAGGGGCGUGGCUCUAAUCACUCGCUUUCUGGUCACUCUCUCUCUUUCACCUUGUCUUCCUCGGAGACCCUGGACCAGGCGGAGGAGGACCAGCCGUGGCAAAGUGGAGCGGUGUCUGGGUGGAGCAGCAAUCACGUGAGUCUGUGGCUGGCGGCCGCCAACAUGGAGGCAUGUGUGGCCCACCUCUCAGCUGCAGGAGUGGACGGCACACAGCUGCUGGCCAUGGACAAGGACAAACUCAAGGCCCUGGGCGUGAGUCAAAGUGAGCGCUGUGCCCUGAAGAAGAAGCUGAAGGAGCUGAAGAAGAGAGAUGAGAAGGUGAGACGUAAGGAGAGAGCCAAGAAGGAGAAAGCAUGCUUGAUGAUGGACAACAUGAAGAGGCCACACACUGACACACUUCCUAGGACCGAGUCUCUGCUCUAGAACUACUUCUCUUGGACCUUCACCAGCAUCUUACCUCUUUUUUUAUACUUCUUUUAAAUUCUAUCUUUUAAUAAAUAAUGAUUUCAAAUUUUA